AUGUCGGAAACUACGGUGAGCAUGAAGCUGUUGGUGGACACGCAAGCCAAGCGAGUCCUGUUCGCGGAGGCCGGCAAGGACUGCGUCGACUUCCUCUUCCACAUACUGUCUCUGCCCGUGGCCACCGUGACUGGGCUGCUCAGGGAGGAAUCAAUGGCGGGAUCUUGGCCCAACCUCUACCAAAGCUUAAUGGAUCUCAACGACGGCUACAUACAGCCUAAUCAGAGCAGGGACGCCAUUCUGACACCGGCGGCGCCGGUCUCCGGUUCCCCGGUGCCGCUUCUGGCGCUUAACGAUGCGCAGAUUCAAAAGGAAUUCUACGAUUGCGGCGUGUGUAAUGACGGUUACGUUGCUGACGACCCAAACGCUGUUUGUCCUAAAUGCGGCGCGCUAAUGGCCGCGGUUAUGGACUAUGUGGCUCCUCCCGCGGCGGCGGAAGGCGGCGGUUUGGUGAAGGGGGUGGUGACGUGA